AUAGUCAGUACCGGUACCGCUGAACUAGUCAAUUCAGUAGAGAAAUGGUCUAAUUCCUCCAAAAAAAAUAUACAAAUGGAUUGUUUAGAAAAUCUUUGUCAUUGGUUCAAUUUGUUUCAACAUGUGACUAGGAGUCUACAGACAAAGUGCUGACUAACACUUCCACAAGACCAAUAUGUGACUAGGAGUCUACAGACAAAGUGCUGACUAACACUUCCACAAGACCAAUAUGUGGAUGUUCAAGCCUGAAUUGUCAAGAGUCGGUUGGCUCUCACUUUUAAAGUGGGAAAACAGGUGUGAAAGAUACAGAUGGAAAACUUUGGUAAAGGUCUCAGGGUAAAAAAUUAGACCCAAACUGGAGCACACGGCGACUAUGGCUUUGCUUGCAUUAAAUCUGGUAAAAUAUAUAGGUUGCUGCUAGGUCUGAGAAAGUAAGUAAAAUAAUACAUUCAUCCUUAAACUAUGGACUCGAAGACAUUCGCCUUAUUGGUUAAUUAAUAACGUGUAAUUUUAUUAACAGAGUGCGCAUUUAUCGCGUAAUAAACUGGGAAUUACCUGUGCACCCAAAAGUUCCGGCUUAAACUAAACAAUCUGAGUUCAUCUGUCAAGAUUUAAUAAAACUAAAAAAAAAACAUCAACAAUCCAUUGAACUUAAGACUAUCACUCGAGCCAUGGGGACACACUAAUGGUUGUACUUGAACUAUUUACUAGCAUAGGCGUACAGAAGCAGCUUGGCUUGUUGGGAAAGCUACAAUACCUACCAGAAUGGGGUAUCUGCUUUGUACUAUACCUGUAGAUCUGAUUGAAACAAGUCUAAACCAAUGUGCCAAGAGUAAUGGAAAGUUUAAAAAGAAGCGACCGUGACUUAAGCAAUCAAAUUUCCAUCAAGACUCCUCUGACAGGCGCGACAACUCGGAGGAGAAACCAAUCCCAGGACAGAGUCAAUCAACACAUCGGAAUACACAAGCAAGCAGCCUUCACUUCCGGAAACCACGGCGUUGUAGCCGAAGCUGGACCUGGUGGGGUUACCUUCUCUGAAAUCAGUUCUUCCAAAUCCCUGGCGAAAGGCUUGCGAUUGAAUCCUCGCCAUGUUCCAACUGACGUUCCUGUGGACUUAUCCGAUUACUUGCAGGACACCUCCGUCUGGGAGGCAAUGGAAAUACGAUUCCUUGACAAAGGUAAAUGCACCGUGCUGAGGCCAAAUUUAAGUAGCCUCGUAUCCAGCGCCGACGUCUCCGAGACCACGAACAGCACUCUCAAGAGUGCUGACCACGCCUCGGUGGUUUACCCUGGAGCUCAUCUUCUGGACAGCCCUCUUCCAAUCCGGAGACAAAAAGUGUGUGUCGAGAAAGUGCACGUGAAGAACUUGCUGAACACCAAGAGGGAGAAGUGCGGUAAUCUCUCUUCCAGCAGGCUCUCGGAGUACAUGCCCCUGAACGCAGACGUUGCCAAGGAGAUGUUUGAAGACGUGGAGGCAAAUAUACGAAACGCCAAGUCUAGCUCCUCUGAUCUCACCGACUCAGAGAGUUUUGAAUCAGCUCUUGCCAGCAACAAUGAUGAUGCUUGUGUAGAGGCGAAUAGGAAAGGCAUGAAACGUGACAGCCAAGAAACAAAGGCUGAGCAGGAGUACCGAAAAGAUGUUACACAAACGGACGUUGAUCGUCUGCACAGAAUUCCUUCUAAGGUGAACAACACUGAGAAGAGAAAUGUAGAUAUCGAACUUUCAAAUGAUCAUUCUCGAAUGUCUAAGUUUAGUCAGGCGCAUUCGCCCAGCAUCGUAAAUCAAUCCCAAAAAUCUAAAAGUAACGAACCCGUUUCAAACCAGGGAAAUAGUUAUGAUCAAUAUAGUUGUAACGAAGACAAUUUCAAAAACGACCGCUCAGUUAUGCAUUCGAACCCUCCGACAACAUUGAGGCAAAAAAUGUCUAAAAUGAAUGUUUCUGGCUUUUCAAAUGCAGACACCAAUGGAGAGCCCUCGGGCGUAUCCGUCGGGAACCAUUCUAAUCAAAUGCACUGGUCAAAGGUCACUAACCCUUUAAUGAGUAACGGCGAGUCAUGCUCUGAGAUUGUCUAUAACAAAACAGGCCCAUCAGACGCUCAUGGCGUCUCUUGGAGACGUUUCACGGGCAGUGAUAAGGAGAGCGAGGCUUUUCUCUCUAACGUCAGCACGGAAGCUUGGAUUAAACACUGCACGCGCUGCGUAGCGAAAGAAAACGACACGGCGGACACCAGCAAGAGCAGACGAGGCACCACAAAGAGAACAAAAUGCGAUGACACUUUUCGCAGCGAGGACCUGGACACUACAGAGACUUGUGAUCAGCUGACACUCUCCUCGACGUUCAAGUCAAAAGCGGGCACCUAUGGGGAAGCUCCUAGCUACGACUCAACAAAUGAAAGAACCUCCAUUGAAGCAACGACACUGAAACCUCAGGAUAAAGCCGUUCAGAGCGAUUCCAUUAUUGUGGCCAAAAGCAGUGUGUCGACAUUUUCUCCUUUGUCAGGGGCGGAGAUCGCAAAGUAUAAGGAAAUAGCUCUGGAAAUUUUAAUGAAGCGAAAGAAAAACCAAGGGAAUAGCACUGAUACUAAGUCUGGCUGUGACAGCAGUGUCACAUCGAUACAAAGAAAAAAGCGAGUUCAUAGUCUUACUGGUAAAAAAAACGCCAAGUCAGAAAAAACGAAACCAAAAGCUUCUGUCGCCAAAACAGCUGUCAAGCCUGUCAACUCUCGCUCCAGUUCCACCGGAAGGCUUCCACCGCCAGAGACCGUGAAUGACAGAAGCAUAUUUUGGGCAUCCCAGAGGAUCAGGAAUCAGAUAGAGAAGCACAAGGAAAGAAUAGCUCAGAAAAGUAAAAAGAAAAAACAUGACCCCAAUGACAUGAAAAUAUCGCCAGCAGAAAAGAAAGUUGGUACAAAGGUCGGCGGCAAUCCAAUAAAUACAGAAGAGGCCGAGGCUAGGACCGUUAGAGAAAAGAAAACACUCCAGAAAAACGCGCCAUCGGAAACAUCCUUUACGGUUUCGUCAGCACAUGUCGACACAAAAAAUCUGGGGAAAAAAAAGUCCGAAUCGCCCUUAUCAGAGAAGAAGAUACUCGUCAAAGAGAAAAGCUUCAUGGCUCUAAAAAUGGUCCCCACAACAGAAACACCAUCCACAAAAUGCGACAGGCCAUUGACUAACGUCGAAUCACAUGAAAUCAAAUACGCCUUUGCAGACCAGUCCGAGGGGGGUCGAUCCAUAAGUCACACAACAGAUGAACGAUUUCUAAUUCCCGGCACCAAGACUCUGGUAGGAGAAACUCAGACGGAAAGCUCUCUAGCAAACACGAGGGGCGAAUACAAAUCUGUGGCCACUGGUCCCGUGGCCUCUGAUCUGAUGUACUUAGAUGUUUUAGAUUUUAAAGAUGAUAUGCUUAGUCAGCCAAGAGAACUCCCAUUGCAAGCGCUAAACUCAACUCAAACUGAAACUGCAUGCAAAUUGCAAAAGACCUGCGGGUCGAGUGGAAUACAAGUUCAACCAAACAGUCUGUCCCAGGUUCCCCAGUCGCCAGCUAACGAGCGCCCUAGACAUUCAUCUCAGCAAAUCAGAUAUCUAGAACUAUUGCAAAACAUAUUGAAGUCUCCCACUUCGCAGACUACGCAAGCUCUGGGCAUGUUUCUGCACAAGCCAAAAGCGCUUGCUGAAGCUGAACGCGACUUGGAUAUUACGGUAGAUCAAAUUAUCAACAGCUACCAGGAGAUAUUUAAUGAUUUUAAAGGCGCCGUGCCCAAUAGGUCGUGUUCACGUGACAGUCUUAACCAACGGUUUCCGUCACAGAAAGGUUUUGGGUACGUAAACUCGGUUUAUGAAAAUGACCUUUCCCCAACCCCCCACCCCACGUGCAGUUCUUUGUCGUGCCAUUCCAAGCGACUCAUAACGAAUCGUGACAACACUUCCAUUGGGAAACACUGCGAUUCAACCAAAAUUAAUUCUAAUAAUCCAACGGAAACGAAUGUUAAUAUGAAAGUAGCUAGUUGCGACAGCGUUCAUUACAAAUGUCGGUUUCGCAAAGAUUCCCUGCAGAAUUCACGUGUUCCAAUGCAGGAGUCCAACAGUUGCAAGCCCACACCAGCUAAAAAAGUUUACAAUGCUCGUCUUUCGUCGUCUGCGUUCUUCGAGUCUGAAAAGAUGAGCACCGCGCCCUGUUCGCAGCGCCAACAACGUGGAUGCUCAUACACGCUUUCAAGCUGCAGUUCUAAACACAAACAAGUAGAGAGCGGAAAUUGUAACACUUUUGGCUACAAACAAUCCCAGUCGAGCACUCUAAUGUUGGGAAAGAAUACAAACCUGAACACGCCGACAAGUGAUAAACCCAUAGCGGUGUCAUCGCAGCACUCAUCCAGGGGAGAUCUGCUAGAAAAGUAUCUUCUAGACGUGCUACAGAAAAACCAGUCCUCGCCUAGACAAUUAGCAACGAAAUCGAAAACAAGGUGUGUUCAACUUCCGUCAAAAACUGGUAGCCGAAGCAGUUUAAUAAGUAAAAAAGGCAACGUCGAUUCUUGUCCAAGGUACCAAAGAGAUGUGGCGAAAUUGACCCAUGAGAAGGAGAACAACCAGCUUGAGUUGCUCUUGCACAGUUUUCAACAGAAUGUCUUAUCCUGCGAGCCGGAAACAUUAGAUAUGCAGCAGACAAGGCCUGCCAUCACCAUCAUCGCCCCACAAGCUUGUCUGAACAUCUCGUCUACACCCGUACCUGACAUCCAGUCCAUGAGUAGCAACGACUGUGAUAGACCGUGCCUUCAAAAAAAGACGUUCACCGAUAGCCACUUGCAGCAAAACGCGGAAGCAAGACGAAACCUGGACAACAUCACACAACAGAGAUCAGCAUCUGGCUCAGUCAUGGUCACCAAAACUAGACGAAUCCGACCAUUACCUGUAGGGGUUAAACGGGACAAUAAACCUAAAGACAUGCUAAAUAAAUCACCAAGCAAAAUAGACGAAAAGGGUCAGCUUCAGAACCAGGUUAAAAUCUCAAAUUCACUUACUAUACCUCGGAGAAAACAAGCAGGAACGGUGGAUGCAGUAAUGUCAGCCACGUCUCAAAACAAAGGAGCUUAUGGCAAACAAGCUCCGCCUCAAUGUCUUUUUUCAGUGUUUCGACCUCCACCAGUGAAUCAAAUGACCAGUAGACAUGAGAUUGUACCCGCUCCUUCAACCCAGUCCGCCGACCCAAAGCUAGAAACUCCGAAAACAACACAAAAAAGAAUCAAUCUUCGUAAGAGUUCUUCUGUAGAUUCGGCAUUUACUAAAUGGAACAGAAAUUCUCUAGCUUUGCCAAUUCAAGAAAAUCGCGAUGACUUAUUAAAAUCUGAAAGUCGGAGUCUCGUAGGGAGUGUUUCCAGUGAGAUUAGGACUGUGGAAGACGUCCUUUCAGUCAAAAGUAUCCAAAGCGGCGCCACGGACUUCAAUAACAAGAGCAAUGUCGUCAGAACAAGUAAAAUGGGGAUUUCCCAGAACAAAUUCUUCCCAAUAGGUCAAGUGAGAAAACAAACCUUUCAAAGAAACGAAGUCGCAGAGAAACUCGGUAGCAUGCAGUCUAGAAGCCAGAGAACUGUAGCAAAUGCAGCAAGGCCAUCAAAAGCAAGUAGCUUGACCCAGUCAGCCACAGUUGCAAUGAAAUCUAUAUCAGCUUCUAGCGUAAAUAGCGAAAAGGCCUUGCAAUCACCAAGGCGGGCGUCAAAAAAUCAAACACUAGGGACCAGAAGAAAACUGUCACGUGAUCCUAAUCCUCUUAGGAGCUCCAGCAACAGUGCGGGAAAAGUGCGUCAUCCCCCAAAUGUAAUUCAUAAUAAAAACGUAAUUGGUAGCAAUCACAAAGAGACAUCAAACGUAACGCUUUAUACAUCAGAAAAGAGCAACUCCCUACUUGAAACCACCAACAGCAAAAGAAAUGAAGAUAUUCAACCAUCCUUAAAUUCCUUCGGUAAAUUGCAGCAAGCUGACUUUUUGAACGAGUCCUCUUUUGUUUCGUUGCCACUGGAAAACAAAUUGAGCUUGCAGGAAAAUAUUGAAAUCUCUCAAGAAUGUCUUAAAGCCGAGUCUGCAAAGUGCAAUUCUACAUUAAGCACACAAAACAACAUGGCAAGUAAAACUUUAAAUGAGGCUCUAGAAAACGCCGAAAAAAUGCAAAUAUCCCUUGAAAUGGCUGAAAGAAGUUUGAGAUUGCUAGAGCCACCAAUAAGUAGCGCCCAAGGUACCACCAAGAAUUCUGUUUUACCAAUAUCAUCCAUGACAAAUAAGCAAAAGCCACUAGAGCCGAUAAUCCCUAAUACCAGGCUAGCAGAAACUUUAAGAAAGGAUCACAGACGUAACGUCUAUCCAUUGGGAACAUCCUUGGAUGGAAUGAAUGCUAUAAACGUUACUGAAAGGUUGAAUAAUCGAUUAAUUAUGUCGUGGAAGCCGUCGAAUUCAGAGGAAGACAGCGAAUCAGAAGGCUUAAGCCUCCAAGCCAUGAGGAGACAUGCUGUGGCCAGCACUUGCGAGCGGAUUAUUCGAGAAGCAAAGACUAGUGAUAAACUGAAUACAGACAUUACAAACGAAGCUUUGGUCAACUGUAAGCUUAGUGCUCAUCAAAAGCCUUUGGAAAACUGCUUUUCGACUAAAGUUGCCAAUAAAAUAUGGCCUUCAGAAAUUUUGAACCGGCCAAACUGGUUAAUGUCCUCCUUGAGGACGGACAUAGAACACAAAGCGGGGACGAAGUCCACAAUGAGUCAGAACACACUCAAUUCACUUGCACCUAUCAACGCUGAGACCGGCGAGGAGCACGAAGAAUUUCUCAAAUCUGUUUCAAGUUUCAAAGUGUUUGGCAAAACACACAUUUUCAAGGAUUCGUUGCCAAAAGGUCUCAAUAAACAUAACGAAUCCGAAGGCGCUGUCGAGUUAGGAAUUUCUGGACUCAAAACCAUACCAUCGGAGGAUAUCAACAAAUUAAAAGAAGCCACUUCAGUUCACGAUCUAUUACUUCAAUCCGAGAACAAAACGUUCAACUCUCCAGAGGAGAACAUUGGAAUUCAAGAGAUCAAAGAACCAGAGAAAUUAGAGACACAACGUGUACAAAGUGAUGGUGUGGGUGAAAAGUGUGGAGAAAACCCAGUUCUCCCAAGCUUAGAAGAUAACGUGCUUCGUGCCAGCGGAAUCAUGGCAGGGGCAGAAGUCUUGGAAUCGCUUGAGGUCAAGUCAGAAAAAGUAGCUCCUCGAGGUUACUCAGAAAUUACUAACUUGAACAUUGAAGCCGUUUGGGACACUUCUAUUUCAAACUUGAACGAGCAAAGCAUGAGUGAGAAAAUAUGCAAAGAUAUUAAACCCAAAGAACUGAAGUCCGAUGACACGUUCAUGUGUAUCUCAGCCCAAUUGAGGAGUUCUGAUAUUGGCAGCGAUGACCCCAUUAUUCAGAAAACGACAUGUAGCCUCAUAGUAGAAAAUACUCAUGAAAAAAAAUCGCCAUCGUCAGUUGUGGUAACAGGCGCUGAGGCUCAGAAGGAGGAAAGGGAAAUGUUGCCCAGAAUAACAGAAGUGUUGUCGUCCAAUGAAAACCCAUUGCCAUCUUAUCGAGAGGACGUCGCGCAUGACCAAAAAGCAAUAAAAAAUGACGCAGCAGAAAGUCUAACUAAAGCAUGUCAAUGUCCCCCGUCCCCUACUCCAGAGCAGACGACAGGAGAUCAUUCGUGUGGCGUAGUAUUAAAACCGCUAGAGAGACUUGAACAGAAGCUCGAGAAAACGGUGAAGGAGGCAAUGAGCAGCUGUGAGCAGCAGCUAGAAGCUGGCUUACGUUUCUCUGCUACUGUAGACACUGUGUUACUUGAAGGACGUUCCUCUUCUGAGAAUGUUUCUAUUUCCAUGAGAGGGUACAGCCACACAGAUAUUUGUAAAUAUUCCCAAGGGAUGUCACGUGGUCUUUGCAGUGAAGAAAAUGACUUACGCUUCUGUGACAUUUCCCUUGAAGCUCUGCAAGCACUGACCGCUAUAACCACACCAACGGUAACAUUACCUUCAGAUACUGCUCAUGUGGUUCUGCGGUCUGUAUCAGAAGACCCACUGAAUGACGUGUUAUCAAAUAGCAAUGUUGAAACUUUGACAACGAUGAAUAUUGAUUUGAAGCUGGCACAUCACAGUGCCGACGCAAGAGACGAGGCUAUACAAGUCAUCAAUGAAAAUCUUGGUCGAUCCGCAGAUGUUAUAAAUACAAAAUGCACCUCAAAGGUGACGAAACCCGAGGAUGAACAAAUAUGUCAGCAAAGAGAGGUCCUAACAGUCACAACCAGCACUGUUGAAAAACACGGUAGCUCAGCCUCUAGUGCAGUCGUAGACAAAGAAAUCAAAGGCAAACUUUCCAGUGAUCAAGACCUGUCAGACCUAAAUGUUAUUGGGGGAAACGCCCCUGCUAGUCGCAGCAUAAGUGAAAGCAGAGAUGGUUGUAAUGAUAGUGAAGCAAUGACUCGUAGUGUACCGACGAAAUCAGUUCACGAUUCUCAACCCUUUGUGUGCCGACACUGUUUACAAUGUACAGAUAGGCCGCCCGAAGGAACACGUUUGCCUUCACAGGAAGUGAAGAUGAAAAUUAGGAUUGAGUUCUGUGAAGACGACACUUCUACGCGUGCUGCAAAACAUGACCAACCUUUCCGCCAUUGUCUCUGUUUUCCUGUCUUGUCAAGUCCUGAAAAGAAAAGCGUUAAAGAAUUGACUUUUCACCUAGGAACAAAUUCGAGGCAUUUAGUACGUAAGCCUUCGUCUCAUACAACCUUUGAUCAGUAUAGCGCCGGGAUGCCAAGGACAGACUGUUAUCAGUGGGCCAAGAAAGGUUCAGAAAGCAACAUCUUUAGCCUUCCUGAGUUCUCGCCUUCUACGAUGAAGAGUAAAGAAUCUUACGAAUCUCACGAAUGUCGUUGGGAGAAAAGAGACCGUAGGGUCUCAACGCCUUACUCCUUGAGCUGUGAUCGCCUUGCCAACGAUGAAACACACGACCUCGACACCAUUGGGUACGACAGGGAUAGUCCCUCUUUCAAGGUUGACUCCUUCCGAGGCUCAAUCACCUCUCUCGAAAGGUGGGAUAGACUCAAUGUUUUCCAAGCUUCCGAAAGCACAGACACGUAUCCCAGCACGAGCCGAUCGACGGCUGACGUGCACAGCUUUCACCUUAGAAACGAACCAACGGCGACAAAUAUCUCCCUUAGAACAUGUAAGAAUAGGAAGACCGUGAAGAAGCGUAAGUACUGCAACGCCCAGACCCAAGUACUUUGUAGCGAAAUGAAACGCUCAGGUAAGUUGAAAACGAAUGGCGAUAACACCGAACAAAGAAGCGCGGAGGAGGAGGCAAUUAGUUCCAGGAGUAUUUUAGGCACACCUGCUCUUGCAAAUAUUACAGGAGCCGCAGAGUAUGACGACCUUACGUCCGUACGGAGUGGGAAUAAAUCUGUCUCAAAGCUUGCCUGUUUGCCUAGACAUGCGAUAGAGAAACUUACCACUUUAGACACGGUUGAUAUUAGUUCGUUAAAGGAAACAUGUAUAGCUUCUAAGGACAUUGACAUCCCCAAAGCACUGGCUGAGCAUUCUCCAGCGAAAUAUACUGGCACAGAACAAAACAAAGUCAACGAAUCUAGCACCACCGUUAGGAUAUUAAGCAGAAAGAAAAAGAUAAACGAAAAUCUCAUUCAACAGAAAGCUGCGGAAAACCUGGAAAUGUUCAUUAACUCCGUCAAAGAGUUGAAGAAGUGUGAAAAACAUAGUUCUCCCCCUUUUAAACCAAAUAGCGGUUUGCUUACAUCAAGGCAGACUUGUAUACACACAUCAGCACCUGAAAAUCUCGAAAAGUUCUCUAGAGUAUCCAUAAGUGGAAAAUUUCAAGACAACAGUUCCAGCUCUAUGAUGGAUAAAUUCUAUUCGACUUGCCAAUUUCGUUCAGUGCCUUGGUUACCUUGCGAUCAAUUAGAACCAAAUGUCAUGGAAGAAUUAUCGCUAAGUUUCAGUGAAAAAAUGUUUAAUGCGAAGAAAAUACAUUCUCCUCUUUGCGAUACGAUAGGUCAUAAAGUGAUCUAUCGUCCUAGCUCAACGCUUCAAAAGGGAGCCGCGAUCUCAUCAUCCCCUACGAGGCUAAAUUAUCUCAAGAGGCUUCAAGGAACUUCUAAAAAGGAAAGCGAGUUUGUGAAAAGUCUGGUCUUUCAGAGCUCCGCAAGAGCGCACUCUGAUGCAUCGGUGAAUACUAUGUUAUCCAUUAAUCCUGUUAGACCUUUUGAGAUGGAGACGACUAGCGACUCGGAAAACACGGAAACAGUGCUAAGCUAUCUCUAUAGCACAUCACCGCGUCAACAAGCGAUGGUAAAUCGAUAUGGUUUGCCAGAAAAUAAAGACUUUUACACCCAAGUUCAUAGUGCUUCUUCCGGACUUAACGACUGGCGUAAGACCGAGGUCCCAGCCCACUCGCGUAGAUUAAUAAAUCAGAGUAGGGCGCAGAGGGAUGUUUUUAUUGAUAGUCUUAACGUGAUCCAUCGUAUCAAUGCUGGUUAUUGUGACACAGAGUCAGAGAUUCGAAAACAAAGUACAUUUACUCAACGCAACCCUUUUGUCUGCACCAACCCCUUUUAUUCUAAUAGAUUUGAAUCCACUUUAGCCGAGCGUAUUGAUGAAUAUAUAUCCAUGUAUUCUACGCCAAGGGACACGCGCUUGCACUCGUCCGGAGUGGAUGACCACGCCUGCUUUCGUUCGUUGGAAGACAGAGCCUUGGUAGGGCUUCGUGAGGAUUAUUUACAGACGAUAAAAAAUGAAUUCGAUCCACUCAAAGAAACACGCCAAUGUGCAUUCACCGCUGAGGAGCUUGUGGCCUUCUUCGGCUUGGAAGAUGAGAACAAGGUGGAAUCUCUCUCGCACUCCCAGCCCAAAGACAAACGUUGCUGUUCGGCUCAGAGCCAAAAUGGCGGCUCGUCUAAAAAGUCUAGAGAUUCUUACGAGAUCAAUGAAUUCCGCCGCAAAGAUUUGUCGCCAGGCGCUAACAAAAAGAAAGAACAAGUCAGCUGGGAUCAGUUUCAAAGUGCACCCCACGAAAGCAGCGACACCCUUUUGUUGGACUUGACUUGCUGCGAGGUUUCGUGUAUGAGCAAACGGCAAAAAGGGUGUCGAGAGUUCGAAGAACGUCACUGCAAUGGCGCGAAAUUUGAUUCUGUCUAUUCGGACACCAAUGAUCAGUAUUUAACAGUUCCUUCUGACCAGACGGCAUGUAACGCAGCUGACCGUGAAGAACCAAACUAUAAUAAAGCUACGGCAAUAGAUCUUAACAAUAAAGUAGAAACACGAAGUCAUGACUUCGGAAGUACGUUGGGUAAGAGUGUUUCUUCUCCCAAGCUCAUUCGUAGUCCUAGUGAGAUGUCCCUAGAGGCGAGCAGAUUGAGUCCUUGUUUGGAGGAAUAUUAUAGCUACUCUCCUUUUCUUUGCGCAUGUUCGGAGACGCCCCUGCUGUAUUCUGGUACGGAAACUUACGACAUACGUAAACAUUGGGCCAGCACGUCAGUCAAUAGCUCUAUCACCGACACUUCCGGAUCGCCUUCCGUCUGCAGUGAUGAUAUUACUUCCGGUAGUGCAGGCGUGACAAGUAAAUCGGCCAUAAAGAUGGACAUCAUGGACAGCCUAGGAAUCUUAACAUCGCAUUUAAUGACCACCUACAUUAUGGUCAAAGACAAGAUGAAAAGGCGGCAACUAAAAAAUAGUAAAACCAAACUGAAACGACUUGACCACCAGGGCAGAAACUUCGUAAACCCGUAUAACAACAUUUCAUCUGGUAAGGAAAACCGAUCUAAAAAAUUUGUUUUCAAAAAACGCCAUCAGGCAAACACAACCAAGAAGCAUUUCUCAACUAAGCGUGCAAGGUUUUCCUCGCGUGUGUAUAAACAGCUUUUGAAACAAACGCGUUCCAGCUCCGACACAAGCUCCAAAGAAAGUGUAGACUACACCAGCUCAAACAACAGUGAAAAGACGUGCGACUACCUACCAACUGGAGAGCUCGUUUCAAUGCUAACAGUCAACUAUCAGGAGCCGCCUUCCAAUCUUGAAGUCACAGAGUCCAAAGCGUAUCAUCUAGGCUCAACAAUAAAUAACCAUACUCCGAUCUCCCCAGAAUUGUCUAUUGAAACAUUAUCACGAAUGGAGAAAGACAUGGGGGAUAAAGAGACAACGGGAAUGUUGAGUCUGGGGCAAUGCCUAAGUCAAGACGACAAUAAAAACUCGAAAGUCGUUUGUUUGAUAUAUGAACAUCGCUUCAGCAACGAGCCAAAAAAUUAUAGUGAAGCAAUACUGACAGAAGAUGGUGGUAUUCAUGUAGUUAUUGACAGCACAGAAGAGGCUCAUGCUGACCUCAAAAACGAAUUUGAAUCCACAGAGUCAAUUAAUAAUGGCACGGAGUCUCACCUUGAACGUCAGCCUAGUUUUGUUUGUAGUGGUUAUCCUGCUGACAAGUGUUUCAACCAAGAGAUAACAAGAUUCAAAGGAGUUGAGUUCCCAGAGGAUGCUGAGGCAAGCAAAUUCAUAAAAUUGAAGUUAUCAGAAGAUGUUGAGGCAAAUACAGUUAGAGAUUUGAAACUGUCAGACGACGUUGAGGCGAAUCAAUUCAAAGAUUUGAAGCUGUCAGACGACAUUGAGGCGAAUCAUUUCAAAGAUUUGAAGCUGUCAGACGACAUUGAGGCGAAUCAUUUCAAAGAUUUGAAGCUGUCAGACGACAUUGAGGCGAACCAAUUCAAAGAUCUGAAGCUGUCAGACGACAUUGAGGCGAACCAAUUCAAAGAUCUGAAGCUGUCAGACGACAUUGAAGCAAACACAUUCAUUGAGUUGAAAUUAUCAGAAGUCGCCGAAGCAAACAAAUUCAAAGAUUUGAAAUCAUUAGAAGACGUUGAGACAAACAAAUGUAUAGAUUUAAAGCUCUGCGAAGACGAGGUGCCUGCGUCGGAAGGAGAAGAUUUAUAUGACAAGCCGAUCACUGAAUUACAAUCAAAAUCCAAGGAAUUAAUUGAAAAGAACGAUUCGUUGUCUCAAUAUAAACUUCGAUCAAGCCCAGAAUUGAUUAGAAACUCAGUUGAGAGUUCUAAUCUGGAAGCAACGAACAAUUUUGAAGUUAAGCUAUUGGGGGAGGCCACUACUGUUGUCGAUAAUGUGGAAGAGUUCCAAAGCGAGCCCACAGAUGAUUUUGAAUUCGCGGAGUUUAUUGAUACCAACGCGGAAUCUCCCUUUGAAAAACAGCAAAGUUAUGUGUUUUGUGGGAAUCCUUAUAACCAGUCCGUCAGAUCUAUGCCUUGUUUACAGACUUUCUUAGUUCUGCUGGGCGGUACCGACGUUUUCUCUUUCAGCCAACAACCCGAUUUCUCUGAUGUUAAAGAUACAGGUUGUGACACCCAUGACUUUGCCACGGCCGAUUAUGAUGCCUCUUUAGUAGAAGAAAGAGAUUCCACUGAGGAUAUACCAGAAAUUCAAACCAAAGGCUAUCGAGCACUGCUGCUAGAGAAUAUGUGUGAAAAACUUCUUUUGGAGUCCGCUAGCGAAAACGAUUCGCAAGAAGAGUUCGUAGAACCUGUUUCAGAAUGUGAUUUUCCCGACCAGACACAAGAUAUUGUUUAUCAAACCAAAAUGUUUGAGCAGGACUAUGACGGUGGAAUUCAUGAAGUUGUUUUCUUAACUAAAGAUGUCGCAGGAGAGUCGGCCGAUCCGGACUUUCAGUCGCCAAACGUCUGGUGCAAGGACAGUGGUUGGAGUCUGGAGGGCAGAGAUAACCCCGAAAAGAUGAACUCAACAGAGACAAAUGAACUUUUCGGCCGUCACAAUUUACUGCAGGAAGACGACAAAGAUCUGUCAUGGUCGCAUUCGACUAGGAGGCUUCGAAAACUAUUGAAAAGGGAAAGACGUUCAUUUUCAUGCUCAAAACGAAGAUGCGACAGUCGCUGUUGGAGCAAGCAGGGAUUCAGUGAGACUGGAAGACAAUACUUUAAAUGUCUUCAAGAGCAUCGAUGCAGCAGCAGACGCUCUUUCAAGCCUUUCAUAUCAAGACGGAUGUGUCUCAAUCGUAUUUUAGGUACCGACAACAGAGAUGUACAAUGCAGUCCACAGCUACGCUACGACAGUCCUGAAAUUGUGACCACGGAUUGGAAAGACAAGCCGCAAGCGAGUUUGGACGAAAAAAUAGAAAGCAUUAAAACACCGCAAGCUGAGACGGCCAUAAACCUUUUUAACAGAACUUAUAGCUGCCGAGGUCACGAAGAAUGGCUUCAUUUCAGGAAUGCUCCGUUAGACUCGACUCCGUUAUCAGACAUCCUUACAGAGUUUGAUGAAAAGUGUGCAAGCCCAGACUAUCUCGAGAGAAAAACGGAGGCAAGGACCGAAAGCCCUUACAUCUUUGACGACUACGAACUGGACACAUAUGAAGAGCUGAGGAGUCUUUUCACGGAGCUGCAUGGCAGUUCCUCCUCCUCCUCCCUGAUGCUAGAAGCAGACGACACUCAGGAUUCAAGUUUAUAUCACGGUGGGCAGACCUUGUCAAUAUCCUCGACCACACUGGAGGAAAGGGAAUCUCGUCUGGGCAGCAGCCAUAGUGAGAAGGAAAGAGAGAACUGCAAUACGUGGUGUGCGACGCAGACGCUGCUGACUGUGCAUCAAUAUAUUUCCGACUUGACCAGCACGUCAAGCAUCUUCAUUGACCCGGAGCUAAUCAAUCCAAUCGUUUCCGACGAAUGCGUGAACGAGGAGGCCGCCUCAAUCAAGGAGCACAAGUAUAACAAUACAAAAGCCGUUCAGGUAAGCCUAACGAGUGAACGGAAGCAUGGUAAAGAUGUAGUGCACAACGCUCCUGAACUAACAAGCUGUUUUACCCAGACUGAAUGUUCAGAAGCAGAGUCUGUGGAUAAAGUGUCUGUAACAAAGAGUGACUAUUCAUCGUACACACAUUUCCGAACUAUUUUGCACAAGUGCCUUCAGUCCAACAGCUUCUUGAGCUACCUGAGUAAAGUCGUGGAUGAGAAGCUGGCCCAAAAAUUAACUGAGGCCCGCACCCAAGGAACACCCAAUGAAAACAUUUCCCCUAAGCUUCCAAAACCAAUGCCCAGGACAGCUCUGAGUCUACAGGGGUUUAAAUGGCACACGCCUCAACUCUCCAAUAACGACAAAGCUGACCAAGACAAGAAAGAGCGAAAUUCCAUCGAUGAAACUAAAAGUGAAACUAAACUCAGCGUCGAUAAACUCAAGUUUACGAAUUCUUACGAUGUAUCACCGACCAGUGAAACGAGACAGACGUCCGUUGUCGACGCGGACAAAAUAAGUCACGCAGACGAACUGGCAGAUUUGAGUGACGUCUGCAAAAUAGCGGCAAGUAAGUUGGUAACGGAAAACAAGAUAUCUUUACGGCGGUUGUACAGAGGGAGAGAAACCUUUGUUACCAAGAAGGUCCUCUCUGAAAGCGAGGGUCAUCCGAUAUCAUCUUCUUCAUUACUUAUCAUGUGGAGUGACUCGUCGGAACAGCCCACGAUAGAAGAUGAACAUCUCGGUACUGAAGAGAUGACGCCGACGUCCAUUAGCUGCUUGAGAAGCGGGCGUCGAUUAUUUUGCUCUCCAGGUUCUCCACCAUUGCAGUCAACGAAAAAUCAUGUCACCGCAAAGGAAGCAAUAUUAUGCGACAAAGCUUGCAGCGCGGUGAAUAUAACAGACUUCUCUUCAACGAGCCACAAACGCGAUGUUCAUUUAAGCCCGCCUACUACGCGUGUCAAGAACAUGCAAAAUGAUCCUUUGAGGCAUUACUCGUCUGACCCGGUUUUAAAGGUCUUUAGUCAAAGAGAGAGUUCAGCCAAGAGUAACGCUUCGUCUACUAACAUUGUCAAAAACAGCGACUCUACGGGGACAGUCACCUCGGCUGAUUACGGAAGGCUAAAAAACAUACUCUCGGCCGAGACAAAGAUGCUUUGGAAGAGCCUAACGCGUCUUGAGAAGAACUCGGAAAAAUGCCAGGUGUGUAGGCUACAGUACAACAUGAUGCUGUCCAACAGCUCAGACCGCAUGGAUUUUCUGAAGCUCGACGACGACGAAAUGGACCACGUCUACCACUAUCACGACUUCAUAUCACAGGAAAAUGCAAAACCCGACGACACCAACCCGACACCCGAAACGCUUUUUGAAACGCAAGAAGUUAACCCUAUUUCCCAGACGGCCCAAUCUAAUGCUAUGCACGAUCAGAAGUUUGAAAGUCAGAGAAGAACUUCGGAAUAUGAUGUGGCCAAGUCAAAGAAUAAUAACGAAAUAGUUCUAAACGAUACAUGCCAAAAUUUGUUUCAGAAGAAGAUGAAUCACGAAUCACAUGUAUCAAAACUAUCGAGACUUUUUGACCGGAUCGAUGAAAAUGGCCAUAAUGUUUCAGACAAACUAUGUCCUUGUAAUGCAAAGACCACGUCACUGGUUGCUAAAGACAACAAGGAACUAAAAGUAGAUAGUUUCAACAAUGCAAACACUACUCACGAAUUAAAAAAACAAUCGACAAGAGUUAGAGAGGAUAAAGAUCCCAGUUUGACUCUCAACCACACUGUCAAACAUGUUUUUCAACUAAGUAGUUCUGAAUUGGACUAUUCUAGUAAAGGUCAUGAAAGUGCAGACUUUGAACAGAAGCCAUCGAAAGUUUGUCUGUCAAGAAGCGAGAUGUCUCACAAUCAGCAUGAAUCCAGUCAGCCUCAAGAGAGGAGAGCAACAAGUGACUUCCAAAGAGUUCCACACACACAGGUUAAAGACAAAACCGAUGAGCGGAACUUGAGAAAAGACGAAGUACUUAGCGAUGACAUCCAAAGUAAUUCAUUGAGUGAUAGGGAUGGAGCAGAUUCUGUCAAGUUUCGUGUCAUUGAUCACAGCGACUCAACCCUCAGCAAACAACUGCUGGAUUCAAUCAUCGAUGCUCAUGACAAUGUGCCAGACAACUCUGAGCCAGAGACUAUCAAUACUAAGCCUAAAAGCAGCAAGAUUCUAGACGCGAAUGUUAUCGACGCGAAUGUUAACGACCUUAAACUAUCUAGUCACAUUGCAGCCCCCAAUCUUGCAGAAUGUACUUCGUGUGAUGCAGCCACAAGCACAACAAGCAGACACAACAACUGCCCGCCAAUCGACUCAAGCAAAGCGCCGCAGUCUCUAAAAAAACAGCGUCAACACUACACUAAACACACCUCUUCAGACACUGCCGACUACUGGAUAGAGAGACUCAUGAACAUUUUACAUGAAAUGCACGAAACAUUCCCGAAUACCGGAAAUACUUCAUCUUUACCCGCCAAUUUUCGCCGCAGCAGUCCGCAGACCCCCUACACUAAGACGUUGAGCACAGACCAGGGCACCUUUCCAAGUUCCGAAAGAGUUUUGCCAGCUAAAAACGAUGAGAAGAUGGAUAAUUUGAGCGAUGAAACUUCGACCCAUUCAAACUUGAAAAUGAAACACGUAUCUGCAGUAGGAGAAACAAAAGAACUCAUUGCGUCACUCUGUAAGGACGACACUACGCUUCUUGGCAAAAGUUCGCUGGAACUAAAUACUUCCUUGCUAGAGGCAACCUUAUCAAACGGUCACACGCAUGAGAUUCAAAGCAGUUCAGCUGAUAAUGCCCCUUGUUUCCUAGAUGGCGCGCAAAGCAGUAGCUCUCACAAUCUUGCUCGUGAGCAGACGGGAGAAACCUCGAACUGUUUACUUCCUAAUCAUAAAUGUGCACACGAAGAUACAUCUGACGUUGAACACAGAAGCUCUUGCACGAAAUUGGAUUUGUCCAUCAAAGUGGACGAAUCUGUACAAAAAAGAGACAAGCUUAAAAAACGGGUUGAGUCAACCGUCUAUCAGUGUACAACCAAAUCUGCAGAAAGGUGGGAUUCGAGCCCUAAACUCUUUGAAGCCAAUACAGCUCAACAGGGGUGCUUUAGCUUAACCGAGAGCUGUUCAUUUAAAAAAACAUCUGCACCAGACAGUGGUUCUCGUGUUAAUGAGAGCUUGUGGGCAUUAUCCGAACCACUGGACAUGCACCAUUUGAAGUCAGUCGCAACGGUCACUUCUGACUGCCCUGUGUGGGACCAAAUCAAAUUCUCCGUGAGUCGUGAACAGCAGAAACCAUUGUCUUCUAAAGAGAACACUUUUUCAAAAUCACCAUUUAAGUUGUCUGGUAAUCCUGUGAAAGUUAUUUUCGCUAGCCCGUCUGUGCUAUACAAAAAAUACAUGCUUAGGAAAUCUAAAAGUUUAAUAGAGCUUGGCCACAUCAGUUAUUUAAACAAGUCAUUCAAUGCCCCUCAAUGCAUUGCAACUGAUGCCAGGAAACCAGAGAACACAUCUUCUGUGCAAGCCUUUGGGUGCAAACAAAGUUUCCAAUCAUUCAAGCCUAGAAAGUCCGAGAGCGAAAUCAAUCAUUACCGCUUGACUUCCGCUUUGAGUUCUACGGAAACUGUAAACACGUCAAUGAAGUCGUUAAAACACGAAGAUAAAAUAUUGACCACACUUGUCCAGCAAGAUCAUAAUGAGAAAUAUGUUGCUAUCAAGCUAGACAACAACUUGCCAUUCGAGUCGAAAACAGUGACUAAAACUUUUUCAAAUGUUCCAAGUCCCCAAGAUUAUACUCCGGUCAUAAGAAGUGAAAGUUACAUCACGAACGCCAUCUCUAGAACAAGGGCGUCCCCUAAGUAUUCAAAAUCAUUAGACCCUGUUGUGAAAUGUUCGGGACUAAGCAGAGAAACGCCUAAACGAUAUUGUGAUAGCCAAGAAGUCUUAGCCUAUGUCCGGGCGAGGGCUAAACAAGUGGAAGAAUUCAAUGAACAGGAACAUAAAGCGACAUCCGGCAGUGAAAUAUCACGUGACGACUUCAAGCAUAUCGGAAUGAAUCAAAGCGAGACGGUCGCAAUCUGUUUGAAUCCAGUUAAAGAUGUUAGUUCAUCAGUUGAAAAGCCCUCCCAAAACUGUCAAAUUAAAGAAACAAAUAAUGAUUCACUUGGAACUGAAGGAAGAUACUAUGAUUCGACUGGCUUUAAAGGUGAAAGGAAAAAUAAUGAUUCACCUGUAACUGAAGGAAAAAAUAAUGAUUCACCUGUAACUGAAGGGAAAAAUAAUGAUUCACCUGUAACUGAAGGGGAAAAUAAUGAUUCACCUGGAAAUGAAGGGGAAAAUAAUGAUUUACCUGGAACUGAAGGGAAAAGUUAUGAUUCACCGGAAACUGAAUGGAAAAGUUAUGAUUCGCCUAGUACUGAAGUCAAACGAGACGAUGGCAGUUUUAGAGAAAAGAAUUGUAAUCAAAAACGCAACUCUAAUUUUGAAAUCGAUACAACAUUGUCCAAUAAAGAUAGAGAGGAGGGUCCAGCUAAACCUCUGAAAGAAGCAGAAGCUGUAGUCGGACCAUGCCCAACGUUGGGUGUAACUGUUAACAAAGAAAGAGACCAAUGUAUUGUUUCUGUGAACUGUUCAUCUAGACUAAACUUUGCAGAACUUAAUCAGACUGACAUCAAGACUGGAGCUCACCCAGAUUCGAGCACCACUGAGCCUGGUCUUGAGCGCAACCCUGAGGAUUUGGAGAUCUUAGAGAGAGACUGCUGCACUCUCUAUUGUGGUACUUCCGUAAACGAUUUCGAACAUUAUACAAAGAGCUUAAAUCAACGUGUCUCUAAAAUGACUGCGGAUCGGAAAGUGAAUGCUCUUAGCUCAGACGUUGCUGAAGACAAAAGCCUAAGAUUUUAUGAUAUUUGUGUCCGUAUCAACACCAGCAAAGUAAUUUUGGACACUGUCGACCAACACCUAUCAAACAAUAUAUCUGAAGACAACGCCCACCAAGGAAUCCUUUGCGAUAAUGUCAUCCCAAAGAUUUCUGACAACUUUAUUGAGGACAAAAUGAGUCAAGUUUUUUCUGACAGUGUCCUUGGUGUCGACAACAGCAAAGCAGUUGUUGACACUGUCGACCAAUAUAUAUCAAACGAUAUAUCUGGAGACAAUGGCAAUCAAGGAAUCCCUUGCGAUAAUAUAGCCCCAAAUAUUUCUGACAGCUUAAAUGGCGAAACCAUUAGUCAAGUUUUUUCUGAUGGUAUUCUUGGCGUCGACACAUGCAAAGUAGUUUUUGGCAUGGUCAACCAACGACUAUCAAACAAUAUCUCUGGAGAAAACGCCAACCAAGGAAUCCCUUGCGAUAGUUUGGGCCCAAACAGUUCUGGCAACGUUAACGGAGACAAAAUGGGGCAAAAUUUUUCUGACAGCAUCCUAGGUGUAGAAACCAGCAAAAUAGGUUUUGACACUGUCUCUGAGCUCAUCACCGACCAAACCAUAUCAAAUAAUAUCUCUGUAUUCGACGCCAACCAGGGAAUCCCUGACGAUAAUAUAGUCUUAAAGGACCCAGACAACGUUAAUGGAGACACAAUAAACAAAGAUUUUUCCGAUCAUGUCCAUGCCGUUGACGCCCACCGCGACAUUUUUUGCAUCAAUGAAAUGGCAACCAGUAACAUUUUUUCUAAAACAGCACAAAAUGUAAUCGAUAAAUAUCCUAUAGCUUCCAGCAAGAGCGAUGGUAGUAAAAACAUCGCAGAAGAAACUCAACAAGUUUGUUGCGAAUAUAACCCAACGGCAAAAGUAUUGAAUUAUAGGAAGGAAAAAUGUCCAUGGAAAGUACUGACGUGUGAAGAUUCUGAAACAGACAAAAAUCCGGUUGCCAUUAGUAGUAAAAGAGUCUCCGAUGACUCUUGUCCCUUGAAGUCGCACCAAAUAAAAUCGCAAUUAAAUUCGCCCAUAGAAGUAGAACAGCUCAACGCAGCAGAUGAUAUGAGUUCUAAAAUUAAACUAGACACACACUUUAAGAUGUACCAAAUAAAAUCGCCAGUAAAUUCGUCCCCAAUGGAAGUCGGAGGACAGAUCAACGAAGCAGAAGAGAUAAGUUUUAAAAAUAAACCAGAUUUAGAUCUAGGUACACGCUUUAAGUCGUACCAGUUAAAAUCGCAAUUAAAUUCUUUGCCCAUGGAAGUCGGAAGACAGCUCAACGCAGCAGACGAGAUAAGUUGUAAAAAUAAACUAGAUAUACGCUUAGGUCGUCAGGAAGAAAGCAAUGAUAGAAAUGAAAAAUCGGUAGCGGAAAUAGAUAACGGACCAAGCUUAAACAAAUUUAAUCAAAUCGAAACCAAGAAUUAUAGGGUUCAUAUCGACUCGAGUCGGGUUAAAUCUGGAGAGGAAGAUAACUUGGUGAAUAAGUGCACAAUUAGCAGCUGCGAUGAAGGAAUCGGAAACAAUUUUUUUAUUCGAAAUGACAAAAAUGUUAAGCUCAAUUCUCUCCGUAAAAAAUCAGAUACGUUUUCGAAUGACAGGUAUUCGGAAGACACAGAAAAAACGCCUACGAAUAGCCAGUUGAAGCAGUCGGAUGUUUCGCUAAAGACCUCCGUCAACACAGAGUUGAAUAUGAUGACAAGUUCAAAUUUCACAUCGAAACCAGCGGCCGGAGCCAGAAGUCCGGAUUUUAAAAUGACAUGCUCGUCUGGAGUGCCUGCAAAAUCAGCGCAAUUAUUUCAAAAAUUAUUAAUAUCACCAACCACACCUGUGCCAGAUCUCAAUGUAAUCAAGUCACAGCUGAAACCAGUAUCAGCGUUGAAGGGUUCUCACGCUAUCAGUGGUAGCUGCACUGGCGCUCAUGAUGAGAAUGGCACAACGGGGAAACGAAACAGUCCUGUCUAUAGUUCUGAUGUUAAAACAGAAACCACUAGUCUCAAGACUGAUGAAAGUACCAUUACAAAUAAUAAUCAUGCUAUAGGGCGGUAUUUGAACUGUGAAAUCAGAGAAGUUCUGUCUGACGCCUGCUCUCUACACAAUAAACGCAAACCAGAUCGAUGCGAGCUUACCAGUCCUCCAAUAAAAAGUUCCCUCGAAGGAUACAACUCUCAGAAUCUUGAUGUAAGUUCACCAUCUGAUAAAUCCGACCAAUCAUCUGCUAAAUCCGACCAGUCGUCUUGUAAAUCUGACCAAUCUGCUCUGAAUGAAGAUUACGGUAAUUCGAUGGAAGCCCUGGAAGGAUAUUUCCCAGAAGAUCUAUAUCCUAAUUCAGAAAGAAGCGGACAAGCGUCUUCUGAAAUCCCCAACGAAAAUAUUUGCAGUUUUAUGCAAGAAACUUCCGUCAAAAGCGAUAAUUACGAAAUGGAAGACGACCGCGAUAUCAUCAUUAAAGAUGAAGAGAUUCCAGGAACCCACUCUCUGGAGAUUCCCGUUGAUAUCUACACACUGCCGCUGAGGCCGUCACACAAGGAGUCUUCUUUCCACAAAAAGAAGAAGAAAAGAAAGGAGCCCAGUGCUACUAGGACUGUGGUUAUAUCCGGCCCCCUGAGUAACUGCUCUAUUCCCGUCAUUCGCCACACAAGCCAGAAUGAAAGAAGCGAAUUCGAAGAAGGCGAUUCGUCUUCCCAAAAACUCACCGGAGCACUGAGUAGCAAUGGUACACAGAGAGCCGAGUCUUGCAGAAAGAAAUCUUCCCAUAAGGAGUCACCGCCGGGUUGGAUGUCGUCCCUCAGAAAUAUUUUACCCUUCCGCAAAAAAGCUUCAGAAAAACAUAAAGAAAUGUCUCAUAAAUAAUAGUAAUUUUUAAGUCUGAAA